AUGACGUUCCAUAUCACACCAAACUGGUAUCCAUCACUUAGUGACAUCCAACCAAACCCCAACUUUCCAUUCGCCAACACUUCAUCCCCACCUAAAGUCUUCAUCGGUCCACUCACACCCAAAGAAAUAAACUACCAGCACAUUCGCAAUAUGCUUCGAUACACGCAAAGCGCCAAGGAAAAAACUACGGAUGGCAAAAAGAAAAUCACUAAAGAUCUUGAACUCGCAUCAACGAGGCUGAGAGUGGGAGGAGGAGAAGGAAGGGAUGGAAAAGAGAGGAUGAGGAAAGUAGUUGUGUUGAAAAAGUCGAUCCUUGUGCAUGAGAGUUAUGAGAAAGAUCUGGAUACUUGUGCAGUACCGUUACGGAUAAAGGAAGAGGAGUUGAGGAGUAUACUCAAGAGACAAGCUUGGGAAAAUGGAAAUCCGGAUUAUUAUGAGGAUUGUGAUUUUUGGUUUGUGCCGGAAGAGGAGGAUGAGGAGGUUCUGUAUGAAGAUGGAUUGGGUGGAAUUGAUGGAAUGGAAGAAUUGGAGAUAGGUGUUUGGAGUGAUCAUGGGGAUACGGAAAUGUGA